UGGCCGGGGCGUCGGCACCGGCAGCCAUCUUGGCUUCCCCAGGAAAGACGGCGUGAGGGAAAGAAGUUGUAGGGUGGGGGCAAGAGUGAGGAGGAGGGAAGAGAGGGGGAGGAGGCCGCGGCGGGGCAGGGCGGGGACUGCCUGCCGGCCUGGGUUGCGGAAGUGGUAGCCGCUGACCGAGCCUGCUGCCUUGUCGCUACUGCUUCGGCUUCCCGGCUCCCCCCCGGACGGAGAGGGUGGCCCUGCUGUGGAUGGUCAGAUAGCUCCUCUUUCCUGCUGCCAAUCUCUGGCCGCAAACAGCACGGAGCAGACGGCGGCAGCGGCAGCGGCAGCGGCAGCAGCAGGCGAGGAGGAAGAUGGCGGGACGGCUGCCGGCCUGUGUGGUGGACUGUGGCACGGGGUAUACAAAACUAGGAUAUGCUGGAAAUACGGAACCACAGUUUAUCAUCCCUUCCUGUAUUGCUAUUAAAGAGUCAGCAAAAGUGGGUGAUCAAGCUCAAAGGAGGGUGAUGAAAGGUGUUGAUGACCUAGACUUCUUCAUUGGUGAUGAAGCAAUAGAAAAACCUACUUAUGCAACAAAGUGGCCAAUCCGUCAUGGUAUAGUUGAAGACUGGGACUUGAUGGAAAGGUUUAUGGAGCAAGUGAUCUUUAAGUAUUUAAGGGCAGAACCAGAAGAUCAUUAUUUUCUUUUGACUGAGCCUCCACUGAAUACUCCAGAAAACAGGGAAUAUACUGCUGAAAUAAUGUUCGAGUCCUUCAAUGUUCCAGGCUUGUACAUUGCUGUGCAGGCUGUUCUUGCCUUAGCUGCAUCCUGGACCUCAAGACAAGUAGGAGAACGGACACUGACUGGUACGGUAAUAGACAGUGGAGAUGGUGUCACUCAUGUCAUUCCAGUGGCUGAAGGUUAUGUGAUUGGCAGCUGUAUUAAGCACAUUCCAAUUGCAGGCCGAGACAUAACAUACUUUAUUCAGCAAUUGCUGAGAGACCGAGAAGUAGGAAUUCCUCCAGAGCAAUCCUUGGAAACUGCUAAGGCAGUAAAGGAGCGUUAUAGUUAUGUCUGCCCAGAUUUAGUAAAAGAAUUUAACAAGUAUGACACAGAUGGAUCAAAGUGGAUUAAGCAGUAUACCGGCAUCAAUGCUAUCUCAAAGAAGGAAUUUUCCAUCGAUGUUGGUUAUGAAAGAUUCUUGGGUCCUGAAAUCUUUUUUCAUCCAGAGUUUGCUAAUCCAGAUUUUACUCAACCUAUCUCAGAAGUUGUAGAUGAAGUAAUCCAGAAUUGUCCUAUUGAUGUCAGACGUCCUCUUUACAAGAAUAUUGUCCUCUCUGGAGGUUCAACCAUGUUCAGGGAUUUUGGACGUCGUUUGCAAAGAGAUUUGAAAAGAACUGUAGAUGCCAGACUGAAAUUAAGUGAAGAAUUGAGUGGUGGUAGAUUGAAGCCAAAACCUAUUGAUGUACAAGUCAUUACACACCACAUGCAACGAUAUGCAGUUUGGUUUGGAGGAUCCAUGCUGGCUUCCACGCCUGAGUUCUACCAAGUAUGCCACACCAAAAAAGAUUAUGAAGAAAUUGGACCUAGCAUUUGUCGUCACAAUCCAGUGUUUGGAGUCAUGUCGUAAAAUUGACUUCAUAGUUAUUGGGGUUAGGGAGGUGGGGAAGAAAUAAUCUUUCUGAUUAUCUGUUUUGUCUGGAUGGCUGGUUUUGAAAUUUAAACCUGACUUGAAAUAAUAAGACCAAACAUAACUAUACAGGAAUAUUUUAAUAAAUAUAUCAACAUGCGAAUGUAGAGGAGAGCCAAAAUAAUUAAGUGUUUUUCUUUAGAUUGACUAUUUGAACCAUGUGUGUAACAAAAAGAAGUGAAUUUUAGUUCUUUCUGUGCCCUGAUAUUUUGUAUAUUAUUGAAUUAUCCAAGAUUUGAUGGGAUUUAUCGGUAUGUAGAUAGCUCUAUAAUGCUUGAAUUGUACACUUCUCAGUGUGCAAUGCAAGAGCUUGUUUAUAUUUCAUACUUUUUAUACUUUGAGGAAAAAAGUCAAAGAAAAACUAGUAUUUGAGGGAGAAAAAGAGACCAAGUAAAGGAUAAGUUAAAAAUAACCUCAUGAGACUUGGCGUACACAUUCAUGGGAUUCCAGUUAUUAUGAAUUGCAUCUGUUCCCCUGUGCCCCUCCAAUGGUUUUCUUUGCAAGUGCUUUUGGAACUAAGAAGUUAGUAUCUUGGAUUAACUGAUGCCUGCUAGUGCUUUCUGAUUACUUGCAUUCUGUUUCUUGCUUUCAAGGAAAAGUAAAGACAAGACUGUUGGACCAGUAUUGCAGUUCUGUAGUGUCAUUUCUUACCAAAAAAAAAAAAAGAUUAAAUUGAUUACCAUAACUGGUAUAUUUAAUGCCUAACACCAUUCUAAUAAAGGCACAAUUUCUUUUUAAUACUUGUUUCAAGCUCUUUAAUUAACUCUUUAUAAGUUAACUAAUAAAUCUAUUUUCUUCAAACCUCUGCAAUGGUUCUUUACAAUCACAAUAGUUCGUUAGCAAGCUGACUUUUUUAUGUGCUCUAUACAAAUAAUUGUGAAUUUUUAAUAUGUUGAGUGCUUUCAUUUUGAUAACUGGAUCUCCAUUUGAUAUUUUCAUUUGUAUAACUCAUUUGCAGUCUGAGAAUCUUUUUAGUGCCAGUCCCUGACAUCAUGAAAAGUUAAUUUUCUUUGCAUUUUAAAAAUACCUGGAUCAUGAAGAAAAAGUGAUGAAAAUAAAUUAAAACUGAAUUAC